AAUUUUGCUUUCGUUUCGUAUUCUUGUGAAUUAUUUAAUAAAAUAUCGUUAUUCCGUUUGGCGUCGUACACGGAUUUGAGUAUUUCGCGUUCACCGACGAACGGUCCUACCAUAUCACUAAAAAAGUCGAGUUUCUUACGUUUUUCAGUCGUCGAUAUCUCCAGGUUUUUGUGCAAAUUCCGGACUUAAAAUAGUGCAGAGGCUAGCUCCAAGGAUCCGGCUAUCGUCCAGACUGGAUAAGGCAACGGCUACAGUGGCCGCUGGCCCGUAAAAGGAGCCUGGAAAACGACGCAUGAGGCGAAUUGCGAACCAGAUGAUAGAGUAGCGUGCCCGUAAGAGCGAGUGAGAGCGCCUGAUUGAAGAGUGUUGUUGGUGUGAGGGGGCGAGGGUGAGCCGAGAGCGGAGAGGAAGAGGAGGCCAGAGUAGACACAAAAACUCCGAUUGCAGGCAAAGCAGCUCUCUCGCCCAUUUUCCGGUCCCCGAUUUCGUGUCGUUUCGCAGCCCUCUGCCGACGACUGCGACGACGAUGGCGGAGGAGGUGCCGCCAGAUGCGGAUGCCGCUGCAUCCUCCUUUGCGGAAGAUGUGGGCGCCUCGGUGAUCGUGGAAGCGGGCGCCACCAGCGGCACACUCACACUGCCUGCGUCGGCCAUGAAGUUUGCCGAUCUCACGGAAAGCGGCAGCGAGUCGGGUGACAACGAGGCAGGCAGUGGCAGCGGCAGCGGGGAUCCCGGAACCAGUGCCGCUGCCUCCGGGGGACGCUCCUCACCGCCGCCCAACUGCGCCAUCUGCCUGUCGCGGUGCCACAGGAAGUGCUUUACGGACUCCUGCAUGCAUCAGUUCUGCUUCAAGUGCCUCUGCGAGUGGAGCAAGAUCAAGGCCGAGUGCCCACUGUGCAAGCAGCGCUUCAAGACCAUCAUCCAUAAUGUGCGCACCCUGGACGACUACGAUCGCUAUCCAGUGCAGACCUCGUCGCCUUCGCAGCCGGAUCAUCCGGCAAUGCGUUUCCACAUUGUCCGGCGUCCCAGAUUCAUGCCUCUGGUCCAGAACCAGGCCGUAAUGACCAAUGACAUUGAGGGAGGCAUUGGCGCCGGAAGCGGUGCAGCAGGAGUAGCGGGAGGAGUCCUGGCCGCUGAGGAGGUUUUGCCCGCUGUGGAGGCUUCAGGUGGCCGUCACACCUACAAUCGCUUCGAGCCUUAUCGCUGGGAGCUGAUGAACUUUUACCGCCACGAUACGGAUGCAGCCACCGCUGGCAGCAGCUCGCUGAUUCAGCUGUGGCGGCGCUAUGUCUACGAUAGAAAGCUAUAUGCCCUGCCAGUGAGCGACAGCCUGACGGGACACUUUCGCGAGUGGAGUGCCCGCUUUUACAGAAACAAUCCCGCCCAGAUGCAUCGCCUGAUGCCUUGGAUUCAGCGCGACAUUGUCUGCCUCCUAAGGAAUGCCGCCCACAGCGUGGGCACUGUGAUGCAGCUGAUGCAUGAUAUCCUGCCGAUGACCAAUAUCCUGGGACCCACAUUCCGUCGCCGCCUGUCGCCCUAUUUGGGCGAUCGAACGAGCCACUUCAUCCACGAGCUGUUCAACUUUGCUCGCUCCCCCUUCGAUAUGAUUGGUUACGACCAUGUCGUUCAGUACUCUGCUCGGGUGGCCGAAGAGGUGGAAGUGGAUCUGCUGGACAUGGUGGAGACACAGUCCUCCAACGAGAGUGAUCUACACUUGGAGGUGGGCGAUGGCGUAGAUGGCGAUGUGGCAAAUGCUGAGGCGUCUAAUGAAUGGAGCACUGCCAAUGGAGGAGGAGGAGGAGGAUCUGGAGCAGGGGGACGUCCGUCCACCAGUGUGAUUGUAACAAAUCCCAGUGCCACGCAUUCGUUUAGUGUGACCAUGGCCAGUGAUGGCAGCGAACUGCCGGGCAUCUCCAUACGUCGAGCCGCCACCACAUCCAAUGUGGGAUCACAGACCGUGGCCAUUAACCUAAGCAUGCGACGUCCAGCGCCAGCAGGUGGCGGUGAGGCGGCGGGAGCCGAGAUCAUUGAGAUUGAUGAUGGCGACGCGGCCGCCAAUGCUGAGGUGGCUGCCAUCAAUGAUGGAAGCAAUCCCAGCCGUCGCCAUGCUGGCGCCACUCUACCCGUUAGUGCCCACAUCGAAUUGCAGAGCAGCAGCAGCAGCAGCUCUGGCGAGGAGGACGAGUGUGUGUUCGUUCUCGAGCUGAAGCCACCGCAUCUGAGAACGCCCGAGCAAGUGAGUCUGGGUUCAGACAGUGACUCGGAUGUGGUGUUUGUCAAUGAACAAAAUGAAACACCUGCGGCUCCUUCAGCAGCCGCGGGCAAUCCCGAGGAUCAGGCGGGGAUUGAUCAGGCAACCACGGACCAAUCCUCGCGUCCCUUUCUAUACAUGGGUCCCAGCACGAGUGCAGCGGCCACCAGGGGCAAAAACUGGAAGCUGAUGAUGGCCGAGGUCCGGCGUCAAGAUCAAAUGCGCUCCACGCGUUCCACACGCUCAAAGAGAUCGCGACAGCGACGUUCCACCAUCCCCGCCCGGUGUGCCACUGAGAGCACCACCGACAGCAGCUCAUCCUUUGGCUGGACCACCAGCAGCGAUGAGGAAAGCAGCACCGAUAGCAGUUCCUUCAAUCCUUCGGCUAAGAAAAAGGCACGGAAGACGGUGGCCACAAGGAAAGGCUCAGGCAAAUCUCCGAGGAGCAAAGGAAAAGCCCUCAAACGCACCAAAAGGCAAGCAGCGGAAGCUGAACGGGAGGAGGGGACACCAGCAGAGCCUGCAGUGGAGGAGCAGGCAGAAAAGGAACAGCCGCAGAUGCAGACGCAGCCGGAGCAGCAGCAGCAAAGUAGCAGUGACAGCUGUAGUUCGUGUGCUGACGAGUCCGCUGGCGAAAGCUCUGAGUCAUCGGAACCACAUUUUCCCGAACGCAACAAGAGUAACACCAGCAGCGAUGAUUCGGAUGAUGACAGCACGGAGAAUUUGCAGCUCAGCGCCUUGCGAGCCACUCUCAAGGCGGAGGCCACUCUGGAGGAUCGCAAGCCCCUCAAGCUGGAGCUGCAAAUGCCCGACGAGGAUGAUAAUGGGGAUGACGAUGAGGAGGAGCAGCAGCAGCAGUCUCAGCAGCCAAAGGAAGAAGAGCAGAAGCAGGAGCAGCAGCAGGAACCCACGGAGGAGGAGGAGGCACAGCAUCCCACCCCGCCGGAAGACACCGAAACGCCAGGCUGCAGUGCUCCCAAACGCCGACGCAGCUGCAGCAAUCACAGCAAUCUGUCCAGCCAGAGUGCCAGUUUGGCCAGCAGCUCAACUACGGCCACAACGAGCUCGGGGCCACUGAGUUCAUUCAAUUGGAGAGCGGCCAGCUAUGGCAGUGAUCCCCUUAUGCGCGAGGCUCUGCCUUUGGAGGAUGAGGACGACAUGGCACCCUCUCUUAUAGAUGUGGCCCUCAACUUUCUGCGCCAUGAGCGCACUGGUAAUUAUGCCUUGGAGGAGGCGGCUGAGGAAGCAGUUGUGGAAACUGCCGAGGAUACGGCCACGGCUGAUGAGGACGAGGAGGAAGAUGAGGACGAGGAAGCUGAGGAGAACGAGGACGACGACGAAGAGGAGGAGGAGGAGCAGGGAAAUGCUGUAGAAGAAAGAGACUUGGCGGAGAAUAUUAAUGAUAACCACAACGACGAUGAAGACGAGGAUGGUGAUUAUGGGAUUGACAAGAGUAGGUGGAUGAGGAGGUUCUUUUAAAUUUGUAAUUUUAAAUAUAGUUCACCUGGUUUCCGUCUCGUCGCGUUUCGAUUCCUGAACCCAAAAAAUAUGAAAAAAAAUAGUAAAUAAUUUGCUACGUAAGCUUAAACUUUAGUUGUAAGCCUAGGCCUAAGGUUGCCAUUUUAAGAUGUACAUAUUAUUCGGAUAUACACUUACAUACAUACAUUAUAAUACAUAUAUAUAUUGCAUAUAUACCCUUAAUGUUUACCCCCACCCCCACCCUUCAAAUAAAUCCAUUCGAUCAACGGUCCCUACUGUAAAUGUAUAUUUAUAAAAAAUACCAAACUAUUAAUGCAUAAUUAUAAAUAUAAUUAUAGUGGCAACUGUCUUCGUAGCUUAAAAACCAUAGAACUCAGCGCUGGUUCAUUGUAUGACAGGUGUGUUAAUGUUUUUUUUGCACGAAUGGGCGUGGCCAGUUAUUAAUUUUAGAGUAUUCUGCAUACAAAGAACAAAAACGGAAGAAUUAUAACUAUAAUACGAAUCAAAUACAUAAUAAAUGUAAUGAUUAAAUGGUAA